GCGAUCUCUCGAAAAUUUGAUCAGUUUAAACCGAACCAACCAAGAGAAUCGGGAUCGGAGCGCCGACGUUGAAAGUAGGAAGAAGAAGACGCGACGAGAGAGCUAGCGGUUUUCCGAUGAAGACGCCCACGCUCCUCCUCCUUCUCUUUCUAGCCUUCGUAUCCGUUAUUCUUCCGUCAAGCUGCAAUGGCGAAUGGGAAAUCCUCACGGAGCAAAACUUCUCUUCUCAGAUCCGUCUCCACCCUCAUGUCCUCCUCUUUAUCACCACUCCAUGGUGUGGUGAGUCCAGAUCUCUUAAGAAUGAAAUUACUCAGUUGGUUCAGAAAAGGGAGGAGUUUGGCUUGUUGAAGUUAAUGGUUGUAUACAGAAACUCAGAAAAGGUGUUAGCACAAGCCAUUGUUGCUGCUACCAACGGGAUAACAAUUUUGUACUAUCACAAUAGUGUGCCUUACAACUAUCUAGGGAAACUCCGAGCCUCGAAUAUAUUGUCCUCUAUUCAUCCUUAUCUGACAUCUACUCCUGAAGAACUCCCUCUCAAACAUUUGAAGUCUCCAAAGAGUUUGAAAGAUUUUCUUGAAUCAUCGGACAAGGCUUUACUUCUGUUUGAAUUCUGCGGAUGGACAACUACGCUGUUGUCUGAGCUGAAGAAAAAUGUAACUGAAGAUAACCUUUGGCAGGGAAACUUCUCCAAAAAAGUAGAAACUGAUCGAGUGCUGAAGCUAAGAGGAAAAAAUAACCAGAAGGUGGCUGAAUGGAACAAUAUGUGUGGACUCCAAAGUGGAUUUGGUAAAGUUCCUUGGCUUGAGGAUUUUAGCUAUGCCAAUGAUACUGCUGCUUUGCAGGAACAUGGCAGGGUAAAUCUGGGUUUUGGACAGACAUGUAACCAUGAAGAGUUUAAGCAAUUUAGUUCAUUCCUCUCGAAAUUGAUUGCCACCACAAAAGAGUUUUCUCUGCCUCCUGAAAGGCAAAAAUUUGGUCUGGUCACAGAAGAAUCAUUGGCUUCAUCAUUUAAUAUUGGAAAAUCUGAUUCGUGGGCAGCGGUCCUUCAGCUGGCAGGAUGUCCACAUUGUUCAAAGAUUUUCAAGGCCGGGGACGACAUCCAGAGAUUUUUAAAGAUGGAGAAUCCGAUAGUCACAGAGCUGGAGGACGACUGGCAGGACCAUGAAUCAUCUUUGCCUGCAAGUAAACCCUCAGUUAUUCUUUUUGUGGAUAGAUCAAGUGGGUCCUUGGAGGAGAGGAGAAGGAGUAUGAAAGCACUUGAUACUUUCAGAGAGGUAGCUGCACAGCAUAAAUUGUCUGACAUAAAACAAUGGGAGAAUGAUAAUAAGUAUGAGAAAUCUGUUAGCCAGGCUGAUAAAAAAUCGGGGUCUGUGUCACUUCCGAAAACUGUCCAAAAGUUUAAGAAAAUUAAGUUAGAGAAUAAGGUCUCUUUUAUGAUUUUGGAUGGGGAUAAACAUGUAGCCCUAGAUACUGUAGCGCCAGGUAUGGAAGGCAGUUCCCUGCAGGAGAUACUGACAAAUCUUCUUCAUAGAAGAAAAGAAAGUAAAUUGAGCUCGCUUGCCAAGGAUGUUGGUUUCCGUCUGUUAUCUGAUGAUGUGCACAUAAAAGUGCUGGAUGCGUUACCGUCACAAGCAGAAUUCGUGUCUGGUCAAGAUACACCUUCAUCUUCUGCAGAAGGUUCCAGUGAAAUUUCUCUUCACCCUAAAGAAGCAGAUGUGCAGAACAGAGUCAGUAUGAGUUCUGAAGCAAAAGAUGAAAUGAAAUCCUCUGAAACUGAAUCCUCCUCCCCUAGUGAUGAAGAGCAGGUUACUACAAACAGGAGUGAACAAUUAGUAAUGGCAGAAACCGAUAAGACUGAGGUUUAUUUGAAAGAAAAUAUUAAUGGAGAGAUCAAGGUAUCGUUGCACUCAGAACCGAAGGAAGAUCUAGUGCAUAAAUUCACGGGUUCAUUUUUCUUCUCUGAUGCAAAUUAUGUAUUAUUUAGGGCUCUUACUGGUGAUGUAAAGAUUCCAUCAGCAGUAAUUAUUGACCCUGCUUUACAACAACACUAUGUCCUUCAAGAUAAGUUCAGCUAUUCGUCACUGGUCGACUUUCUUGAUGGAUAUCUCAAUGGAAGUCUAUCUCCUUAUACACAGUCUGAAUCUAGCAUUCAGACGCCUAAAAAAGCUACAGUUCCACCUUUUGUUAAUCUGGAUUUUCACGAGGUGGAUUCUAUUCCCCGUGUCACAGUCAGUACCUUCUCCCAUAUGGUUCAUGCAUGGGAUCAAUCCAGUGCAGAGAAGGCUCCUUGUCCUCUGUGCCAGGACGUUUUGGUCUUUUUUAGUAAUAACUGGUGUGGGUUUUGUCAGAGGAUGGAGCUAGUUCUGCAUGAAGUAUACCGAUCACUAAAAGAAUAUAAAGCGAUUAUACAAGGAGGAUCUACGAACAAUCAAAGGUUCAAAUCAGCAGAGACACCAACUAAUGGCGAGAAUCUAAAAUCUCCACUUAUCUACUUUAUGGACUGCACGUUGAAUGAUUGCAGCUUGAUCCUAAAGUCAAUAAAUCAGAGGGAAGUGUAUCCUUCUCUGAUAUUAUUUCCAGCCGAGAGAAACAAAGUCACUCCAUAUGAAGGGGAGACAUCUGUAACUGACAUAACAGAGUUUCUAGCUCGCCAUGCGAAUAACUCUCGUGAGUUUUUCAGACUCCUUCCUACUCUGUAUAGAAAUAGAAGAAGAAACUCAAACAAGUUGGAUCAAUCUUCAUCUGCGGUAGACUAUAAAGUGACAGAUGGUGAUAAACUUGUUGAGGUCGUUUUAAGGAACAGAGAGCCCGCUGAAAGAGAGGUAAACCAUGACCAGGUCGAUUCCGAAUCGCCUCCAACACACUCGCUCACAACCGCUCCCCAAGUGAAAACUGGCACAAUCCUGGUCGCUACAGAAAAGCUAGCUGCCUCCCAAACAUUUGCCAAAUCAAAGAUUCUGAUCAUAAAAGCAGGCCCCGAAUUCGGUUUCCUGGGUCUAAUCUUCAACAAACGGAUAAGGUGGAAAUCGUUCCCUGACCUAGGGGAAACAGCCGAGCUUUUGAAAGAGACUCCUCUAUUGUUCGGAGGUCCCGUCGUGGAUCCAGGAAUACCACUUUUAGCUCUGACCCGAGAGAAAGCCUCAUCCACGGACCAUGAUCACCCGGAAAUCUCACCAGGCGUUUAUUUCUUAGAUCAUCAAUCAGUGGCCCGUCGAAUCCAAGAGUUGAAAUCUAGAGAGCUAAAUCCAAGUGAGUACUGGUUUUUCUUGGGAUACUCAAGCUGGAGUUAUGAGCAGUUGUUUGAUGAGAUAGGUCUUGGAGUAUGGGAUGUUGAUAACAGUGACAUUGACUUUGCCUGGCCUUGAAGCUGUUACAUUGCAUCUCGUGAAAUGUUUUCUUUUACUUUUUUGUUUUAGAAAGAAGAAAAAAAGAAUAGAAGAUAGUAAAACCCAUCAUGUGGUUAACUGUAAGAAUAACACUUAAAAAUGUCU